AUGAAUACUGGUGACAGCAUUGUCGAGGUGAAUGGCAUUCGAGGCAACGUUGCACUCAUGCUUGAGAAGUGCAAGGUGGAUGCCACGUUGGAGUUAACCAUUUGCAAAUGCCUCACCUAUGGGCACUUGGUGGCUGACCUGGAGAAGUUGAUCUCAAUCAAGGGCUGUGGCCCAAUCAUGGUCCGCUUGUCUUGGCAUGAUGCCGGUGUUUUCAAUGGCGUCGAUGGUUGCCCCAAUGCUGCAAUGCGCUUGGCAGGAGGAGGGGAAUAUGCGUUCGGAGCCAAUGCUGGCUUGCCUCAAGUUGCUAUUCCCCUGCUCCAAGCUAUCAGUGACAAGUACGUUCCAAGACUUAUUUCGCAUUCAGACCUGUGGGCAUUGGCUGCCAACGUGGCAAUCAAGGUCAUGGGAGGACCUGACAUUGUGACCCACUUUGGCCGUUUUGACGUCCAAGCACACAGUGAAGGUGUUCAAUCUGCAGCUGGCAGACUUCCGGAGCCAAAUGGGGAAAAAAACAAAUCACGCAGGUAG